GCUCACUCCCAAGCAGCUCGAUCCCCGCUGGGUGUCCUCCAGGGCCGCCCUCAGGCCCCGCAUGGGCGCGCUCUUCCGCCCCGCGGACUGGCAGCCCGAGGUGGCCCGCGCCGCGCCGGUGGCGCUGCCGGAGCAUGUCGGGCCGGCGGCGCUGGCGGCGGCGCUGCUGUCAAUGCCGAGGUUGUGA